AUGUCAGUGAGGAGCGACCUAAAGGCCAAAAUCCAGUCCGGGGAACAGAUUGUCGCACCGGGUGCUUACGAUCCCAUCACAGCGCGACUGGUGCAAUCACUGGGCUUCAAGGCCGUUUACUGCGGCGGCUACAUCUCGGGCGCUCACCUGGCGGUCACCGAGCCUCUGAUGACCAUGACCGAGCAGUUGUCAGUAGCAGAGAGGGUGGUCAAGGCCGUCCCGCUACCGGUAAUCUGCGACGCCGACGCAGGAUACGGUGAGCCGGUUCAUGCGAUGCACACAGUGCGCUCCUUCGAGAAAUCGGGGCUGGCUGGAAUUCACAUCGAGGACCAGUUUUUCCCCAAGCGGGCUUCCUACCACGCGGGGCUGGAACACGUUAUCCCGAUGGACGAAUUCCUCCAGAAAAUCGGUUACGCUCUGCGGGCCCGCACGGACCCCGACUUCCUGAUCGUGGGCCGAACAGACGCCUUCACUGCAGUGGAGGGUGAUAUGGACGAGGCCAUUCGCCGGGGCAACGCGCUCAAGGACCUUGGAGUAGACCUAAACUAA